GUGAAGAAAUUCGAUAUUUUUUUGUUGAAUUCUAGGGAGUUUGCUUUAGCUGCUGUUCAUCAUGAACGGUGAGACUUCGUGGGUCAGCCAUCGCUUUGAUGACACGUCGAAAGGAAUCGGUGCCCCUGAUUCGUUUUUGGAGCUUAGCGAUGAAGGUAACAAAGAAACGACUGUAGUUUAUAUGGACUUGAUCCUACCUGAUGACUUGCUGGAACGAAUCUUGGCUUAUCUCCCCAUUGCUAGCAUUUUCCGGGCUGGUUCUGUGUGUAGAAGAUGGCAUGAGAUUGUCAGUUCCAGACGGUUCCUAUGGAACGUUUCCGAUGUCCUAUGGCAAAAGCCUUGGUAUUUCAUGUUCACAAGCUGUGAUGAACCAGUUGGUUUUGCCUAUGACCCAAUCCUUCGGAAGUGGUACGGCAUCGAACUGCCUUGCAUUCAGACUCCUAACUGGAUCAUUGCUUCAUCAUGUGGCUUGGUUUGUUUCAUGGACAAUGACAGUAGAAAUGAGAUGCAUGUCUGCAAUCCUAUCACCAAUCAUCGCAAGAAGCUCGAGAACCCCCCUGGUCUUAAAUUCCCCGAUUAUAGUGCGAUGUCGAUCUCAGUAAAUAGGACAUCACACCAUUAUAAUGUAUCCAUUGUGAAGUCCAAACAAGUGCCUGGUAAUUUUCUCGAAUGGGACGUUUCGAUUCAUAUUUAUGAUUCAGAAACAAUGAUGUGGACGACCUCCUUGACUGAGGUAUUGACAGGAUGGAGAGGUGGAGACGAAAGCGUGAUAUGUGCCGGGAUUUUGUACUUUUUGGUUUACUCAAGUGGAGUUGGAGCAGCAGAGAAUCGACACGGCCUAGUUACAUAUAGUCUCUCUAGUCGACCAUCUCCAUUGAUUAGGAGUUUUGUUCCGGUACCUGCCCCUCUUACUUGUGGUCGCCUGAUGAACCUAAAGGAAAAGCUGGUGAUGGUCGGGGGCAUCGGGAAGCAAGAUCGGCCUGGUAUAAUCAAGGGGAUCGGAAUCUGGGUUCUUGAAGGGAGGGAUUGGGUAGAGGUUGCUCGCGUGCCCCAUAAGUAUUUUCAGGGGUUCGGCGAGUUGGAUGAUGUUUUCGCUAGUAGCGGUACUGGCGAUCUCAUAUAUAUCCAAAGCUACGGUGCUCCGGCACUUCUUGUUUUCGACAUGAACCUAAAACUAUGGAAAUGGGCGCAAAAGUGUCCGGUGUCGAAGAAAUUCCCUCUUCAGCUCUUCACUGGUUUUUGCUUCGAACCGAGACUUGAAUUCACUCCUUAAUUUAUUUACGAUCGGAAUUCAAGGGUGUUCAUUGAUCAAAUUCAUCCCAAAUUCCCACCAUUCCUUCCUCUCUCUUUUUUUUUCUCAUUUGGCUUUCAUU